GUAGAAUAGUGUACACAGGGCACAGGGAAGGAGGGACGGGGAUGGAGGGACUACCAGGAACAAGAACUUAAGGAAUUGCGAGCGGGACCAAGGCAAAGCGCUGGGCUUUCUACAACCUCGAAUCAAUUCGUUAUUAGCAACCUCCAAAGUCUCCAAGUCCGCACUGCAAAUAACUGCCAACUCCAGUCUCUCCUCUCCGACUUGUCCUCCAAAUUCAACACUGUCCCCGACUUAUACAGUAGCACUGCAAGGGUUUUCGUCCGUAGUAAACAAUUCCCCAUACCUCCUGUUUCCGACAGCUGUUUCGACACAUCGUUGUAUUGUAUUAAGGUGGACUCUUCCCGGGGUGUUACUAGGAACAAAGUCUUUGGUAGUUCCUUGUCGAUUAGGCGCGCGGGUUUAUAAUUCUCGUCUUUGAACCCUUUUAGACCCUGCUCGACAGAGAGAAAGAGAUAGGAAAAGAAAAGGAGGGAGGGGCCUGGGAGUUACAAGAAAGAAAGCAAAGAGAGUUUUUGAAACGUGGAAACGUGGGAGACGAUAUAACCUAAAUAACGCCACAGUCUCAAAUUGAUUCUUGCUAUUUUGCCUUGCUUUGCUUUAGCAAGCGCCGACGAUGAACUUCGACUCGGGCACCGCCUAUGCGGAAUCCGACGCCGACGAUGAGUACGAGAGGAGCGUCCAUACUAGUUCACCCGUCCUCGCCACCGAUUCUGAGAUCUCCCCGACCGAUUCCGAUGGCCGAUCCUCUACCGAGCACACGCCUACUACCUACGGACAACCCAGUAGCGCCGAUAGGUUGCCCGAAACCAUAAUAUCCGAAUGGGACGCGGAUGAGUGUGCCGAUUUCAUUGCUAGUAUAGGAUUACAGCAGUAUUCAGAUCGAUUUCUUGAGAAUGAGAUUGUGGGCGAGGCCUUGGUGGCUCUGCUACACGAUGACCUCAAAGCCAUGGGAGUGGCUAGUGUAGGUCACCGGUUAACAAUACUUAAGAGCGUCUAUGAUGUAAAAAAGGCACAGGAUGUUCCUAUAGAGAGCGACCACUAUGUACCACUCUCUGCCGAUGCCGAAGCCCAAUACGCUACCGCAACCCUUAAAGACAUCAAAAACUUAGUCGAGCAGCUACGACUUCGAGACGAAAGGAUGAGCUUCUUGGAGCAGGACUUGCGACGGAUGACGGAUGAUUUCAGACGGUUACGCGAAGAUAUGCUGCCAGCCUUGCGCCUUGCUAAAGACGCGCAGCAGCCUCUACCACAUGUAUCAAACAAUCAAGGAGGCUACGGCUACGAGGCUUCUACGGUUUCCCCUCCCGCUCCUACCUCUGCGUCGAAUCAAUCGGCCGGUGGCAUUAAACGUCAAUAUUCCACUAAGAAGAUUGUUCUUGGUACGAAUCCCAAGAGCGUAUCCCCUACUCACUUACAGACCACUCACGAGCGGCCCUCUGUAGAACAAACUCUAGACCCUGCGGGUGCCGCCGAGAGGGCCGUUAUGUCAUCAUCACUUCUGACUGCGAUGAAUGGUUCCGGCCAGGCUACGUCGCCCGGCUAUUCUCCGAAUAUACCCUCGCCCACCUCACCUCCAAAUCUAGGCAGCGCCACCCUCGGUUCCCGGUCAUACCGCUCUGACGACCGGCAAACCCCAUCUAACCGCACCACUUUCUCGGAAAGUGAAUACGGCCAUAAUUCUAAGCAACCCAUCGCGCCACGACGAGGGCAGACGCCAGUACCCGAGACUCCAGGCUCGAAUUCUUCGGUGGAGAUCUUUAAGUCGUUUAGGGUCAGUAUGGACGAUCCUUGCUACAAGGUCCUCCCAGCUGCUCUGAAGAAAUAUCAGAUCAACGCGCCAUGGGACCAAUACGCGCUGUAUAUUGUGUAUGGUGAUCAAGAACGUUGCCUGGGUCUGCACGAGAAGCCAUUGAUCCUUUUUAAGCAAUUGGACAAGGAAGGAAAGAAACCCAUGUUCAUGUUACGGAAAACCAAUACUGCACAAGCGGACGCCGAAACACCUGGGAGCGCGGGCCUAAACACUGGAGACUUAACAGGUGUUCAGUAUAAUCCUCCCGGCGGGAUCAUAUGAUCCUAAGACAAGUUAACAGGGCAACGCGUCCCUCAUAUAUGAAAGCCAUAAUUCAAAAACUGUUACAAGUAGCAAAAAAUGGACGGGGUCAUGUACGGAUAUUUACUCUGGCACAAGCGCGCAUUGCUAUUCCUCUAUUGCUUACCAGGCGAGCGUAUGUGUCCAUUGCCACGAAGCGGGUGUUUAUCGAGUCUGUUUCGAUGCCACACGCGAGUCAGGGUCACUCUCGUAAGGAAACACUAGGCACCCAGAGCUGGACACGAAGCAGGGGCUUCCGAUUCGCUAUGGGUGGUGUCUACCUACCUACCUACCUACCUACCUACUUUAGCUAGCGCAGUGGAUAUUGGGACUGUCAAUUAUCAUGACGAGAGGCUUUCUAAUAGCUCUAUUCUAAGCAUGUUACUACUAUAAUGUUUUACUACGUGCGUGUGCUUGGUCUUCUGUGAAGCUUUGCUGUGUGUAUAUUAUAGUGAUUCGCUGGAGGUUGUGAAUGGUGCUUGGGGGUUGGGGGUUGAUGGGUGGGAUGAGGAUUUACUACCUACCUUCAGCUUCUCCAUUUGGC